CCUCACUUUGGAUAACCCCUCCACCUGUCACUCUGGACCUCUUACUCCCCAUCUUGCCUGGUUUUCUCUUUCCUCGACAUAGUCACUAGUAGAACAAGUAAAGACAGGUUUCAACAUGGGCAAAAAAGACAACAAAUCCGGCGGAGGAGGAGGCAGCAAAGACGCCGGGAAGGGUGGGAAAGGUGGGAAGGGAAAGGGAGGUGGCGGUGAUGACAGUGGAGGGAAGCAGCAAAAGGGCGCCCAGAGCAUCAACGUUAGACAUAUUCUUUGCAACAAAAUGGGCGAGGCAGAAAAAGCCAUCGAGCGGCUCCAGAACGGUGAGAGCUUCAACACUGUCGCGAUGGAGAUGUCGCAGGAUAAGGCCAGGUCCGGAGGAUCACUAGGCUGGAAAACAAAGGGGUCAUUGCUGCCCGAGUUUGAAAAGGUGGCUUACGAACUACCCACCAGCACGACCAACAAGCCAAGCUGGGGGAUGGCCAAGACGUCCGAGGGUUAUCAUGUCAUCAUGGUCGAGGGACGCAAGUAG